AUGCCACCUUGUGACGCGGUCGCUGAGCGCUUUCUCGACCGCUACGUCUUCCAGGGCGGCAUCACCAGACGCUACCGCAUGGCCGAGCAGCGAGCAGUGUGUGCCGCAGUGCCCGUCCGGGCCCUCUUGCAGCUGCCUCUAUUGGGCGUAAACCGCGGAUAUAAGGGUCUAUACGGAGGUGGGUGGCCUCUUAGAGGUAUGGGAGCCGCUGGCACCGCGCUGGGCGCCGCGGAUGCACGUACGAACGAACAUUAUGAAAUCGGGACGAUUUUUGACCCAAAAAUCACAAGGUGCAAGCGCUAA